AGCAAAGGUAGAACUGCAAGGAGAAGAGGAUGAUGGAAGACAAGGUAAAAGAGAAUGGAGUGGCAGCCAUGGCAGCCUACUACCAGAAGUUUGAUCCUGCAGCAUAUCUACAGUAUAACUAUACUCCACCACGGGCAGAUUUUGGAAGAAAAGACAGCAUUGUGCCUUGGAAACUGGCAUGUCUGCACAGAGCUUUCAAUGAAGGUGAUGUGAGUGGUGAGCUCCUGGUGGACAUAGGUUCAGGUCCCACUCUGUACCAGGUACUGAGUGGCUGUGAGGUUUUCAGUAAAGUGUUACUCACUGACUUCCUGGAAGUCAACCGGCAGGAGCUGAGGCGCUGGCUCCAGGGUGGGGAAGGAUGCAGUCUGGACUGGACUCCGUACCUACAGCAUGUCUGCAAACUGGAAGGACGACGGCCUUCAACAUGGACGGAGAAAGCUGCAAAACUGCGUCAGGUCAUUGCAGAUGUUCUUCCCAUUGAUGUGCACAGCUCUCAGCCUCUUGCCCCUGAUUCCCUUCCUUCAGCAGGGGCCGACUGUCUGGUGUCUUGCUUCUGUCUGGAGAGUGUCAGCCCUGACCUACCUGCCUUCACCAGGGCUCUGGGCCACAUUCGGAAGCUCCUACGGCCUGGUGGCCACCUCCUCCUCAUUGGAGCUCUCGGGGAGAGUUACUAUUUUGGGGGGCCAGGGGUGAGAAUCCCUGUGGUCCCACUGAAUGAGGCCCAGGUGUGUGUUAGUUUGAUGGAGAGCGGUUACACGCUGAUCAGGCUGGAAGUUUACACACUGCCUGAGGAUAUGAGGGUGGGGGUUGAUGAUGUGACAGGAGUGUUUUUUGUAAAGGCAAAAAAGGAAUAAUGAAUUAAGUGGAGGAAAUCAUAAAAGAAAGCGCAACAAAUAUAAAAAUAUAACAGAUCAAGCCAGGGUAAAUGAAUUUCUUAGCAAUCUGAAUAAA